AUGCAGGUUGUAUCGAACGCAAGCACAUUUUAUGGUAACGCGCUGCGUAGUACUCAUAGUCGACGACGACAAAAAGCGCAUCUCACCACCACCAAAGCGUACGUCGAUUGGACACUCGGCGAGCCGGCGAGGGUGGUGAAAUCCGCAUGUUCGCCCUCCUCCGAACAGUACGAACCAGAAGAUGCGAUAAGUGUGAACGCAAUCAUCGAGAAAAACGACGGGAUUUUCAUACCGUUUAAAGAGAGCAAAGAGGUCGUUUUGAAAUUUACGCUGGAAGACGCGAAGACGAAAGAAGUGACGAAAUUAGCCAAGACGUGUUGCGAUUUGCGAGUCCAAGCGGUCGAGGGCGUCUUUUUUCUCUACGAUACGGAAGAAAACGCAAAGCCGGUGAAGUGUUCAGGAAAAGCCAUACGAACGUUACGUCCGGGAUCGGUGUUAUCGUUUUGUCACCACGGACGCGAGAGGCGAUUGGAAUUGUUUCGAAACGCCAUCGCGCACGCGUAA